AUGGGCCUUUCUCCCGCGCCCACGGUGUGCGGAGUCUGCUCCAUCACUGCUGCCGUGGAAGUGCUGUGUCUGGUGCAUCUCAUCGCGUGCAUAGCGAUUCUGACGUCGGUCUCCUCGGUCCAGAUUGCCACGUGGGGCGGCUUGUAUGUUUCCCCGAGUCUCCAGUGUGCGGUCGGUGCGUGGUGCCUCAUCGGAAUCCCCGUCAUCAUACAUGCGGGUGUGGGUGCCAUCUACCGCGUCGAGUCGAACAUGAUGCCUUACAUGUUGUACCUCGCAGGCAGCUUUGUGGCGUUUGCUGUCUGGGUCUUCCUGCUGUUCUCGUACGGCUUCUCCUGCUCGACGACCUCGGCCAUCUCUUCCUCCGAAGUCGCCUCACUGGACUGCUCCAUCAGCAACAUAUCGGCCAUCUUCGGGUACCUCGCGUCAAUCGGGGCCCUGGGGUUCGCCGUCUACCUGGUGUGGUCGAUGAAGGAGUUCAUACGCGUUCGACAGGAGACUGAGCUCAUCAGGUACCAGGAGCCGUGGCAGGUUGUCCAGUCCCUGGCUGACGAGCAGGCCGUUCUGCAGGCGAACAUGAUGAAGGAGGCGACGACCAGGGCGCGCGCGCCCCUGCAGCAGAGCGGCUUCGCUGGGAGCCUGCAGUCCGCGUCGGCGCAGCAGGGCGGCCCUUACGGCCAGGCCGGGCGCUACUGA